AUGAUGGAAACAUACUACGGCCAAGUGCGGACGCCCGCCGACGCCAUCAAACUCUUUGAAGCAUGUCGGCUCGGCCUUCUCCCGCGGGUCCAGAGGAGGUUGUCAGAAAAAGAGCGGCAGCAGAUCAGGUCAGGAUCUGUUUUUGUCUGGGACGAGCGCGAAGCAGGCAUGCGAAGGUGGACAGAUGGCAAGUCAUGGAGCGCUAGCCGCGUGUCCGGCAGCUUUCUCACGUAUCGGGAGAUGGAAGGGAAGAGGGGGAACGCCUUCGGCGCAAGCAGGAGAGGUGCUGGAAAGACUCCGGACUCGGGCCGCGGUAGCGACGAUGACCAUGAUGACGGAGAACCAGACGGAUACCGGUACAAACCUGAUGGGCUUAUGAAGCAGUCAUUCAGCAUCACCAACUCAGCUGGCCAGCAUCUUCACCUCAUCGCCUAUUACUCCAGAGGGUCGCCGCUCGACUUGCCCCAGCCCAGCAUGGAUCCAGCGCUUAGACACAUUGUCCCUCCGAAAGGAAUGUACCCCGAAUCGAGCCUGACGGAGGCGGCUCCGCCCGCCGGGACGAGGUCAGCGAUGCACCAAGCGCCCUACCCGCUUCAUCACCACCCCCCGCCGCCUCUUCAUGGCUACCCGCUACCGUAUCCGCCGCCAGGCUAUGGGUGGCCUCCGUCCCCGGCGGGAACACCGCCGUACAGUCACGGUCACUACCCUUAUUCUCAAGGGCCGCCACACCCGCCACUACACGCGUACCCCCCGUAUCCGCAUCAUCCGUACCCGCCCCCACCGCCACACGCUCACUACGAUCGGACACCGCUGCCGCUCCCUCAGCCACACCCCCAGCUUCCCGCUCCCGUCUUACCUAAAGCUGCCAUGCCGCUUCCACAAGGAUACCCCCAUAGCCAGCAUCACUCCCCCCGGGCCUCGCAGCCUGGAAUACCAGUCCGCGACUCGCCCCGGUCGCAGCAGUUGCAAGCACAGGCCAGGGACGCCGUCCAGAUCGACACGCGAUUAGCCCCAAUAGACACGACGCGUAACCAGGCUAGCGCUCUCCCCGUCCCCGGCCAAAUCACCCCAUUCACAAGCGGAACAUCCCAACCACCGCCACCGCUCAAUCCAGCGACGACGAGUCCCGAGACAAGGUCGCUGUCGAUGUCUCCACCGCGGAGCGCCGUCUCUUCUGAUGGCCGGAGCAAUGAUCGUAUUGGCACGGUACCCACGGCAAGCACCAAGCCCGUCUUGUCGGCGCUGCUGCUGCACCCUCCGCCGUCGGCCGCGCCUACGGAUUCCGCACCGAACAGUGCAAACCCAGGGAGCAGUGGUGGAAUCGGCAGUGCGAGCAGCUCGCCGAGCGGCGCGCAGAUGGGCGGCGGAACACCGGUGGUGGGACCGCCUGCCGGCCAGCGGGAGCGGCUGGCGGUGGAGGAUGCCCGGACCAUCGGGGUGUUGAACAAGAAUUUCUUUUAG